GUUUAUGCUGCUGAGGGUGGCGUGGGCCCUGGUUAGGGCGCUUUCCCUUCUUGCGGUUCUAAUGGCCGUUCUUCCUCUUCCCGGAGCAAGAGGACGAAGGAACCGAAGUGAAAGGGGUAGGAUACUGAUAGGAAAUUUGAGGAACUACAGGUGGCUGAAAGAUGAGCGGUGGUGCAGUUUGAGUGGUCUGAGAAGCAUGAUAAUAGGACGGGACUGGAGCUAUCGGAAUCAGACAACUCUUAACCUCCUGAGCUCGCAGAACAGUAUCAGCAUAAGGCAUUGCUCCAUGGCUCCCUACAAGCUCGCAGACUCACUGAUUCAGCCCCUUCAGAUACUUGCGGGAUUUCUUGGCAUCAAUAUUCACCAUUUCGCCAGCAAAGAUACUCAUACGGGUGAAAUUGUGCGUGUACUCGUCCAUGCUAGCAUUACCCUGGUGGAG